AUACAUUUAUAAACAAUAGAUAUAGUUAUAGAAAAUUUCACUCUUGUUAAAAAAAAAUUCAUACUAUUUUAAUAAUGAAACCAGAUAAAUCGGAAAACAGCCACAUAAACGACAAUGAACUGAGCAAUGACUUAAAAAACCAUAAUAUGUUUUGGAUAUUUGGUUAUGGCUCAUUGAUUUGGAAAACUAAUUUUCCAUUCAUAAAAAAACAUCCUGGAUACAUAAAAGGAUACACCAGACGAUUUUAUCAGUUUAGCCCAGACCAUAGAGGAACCAAUGACUUACCUGGACGAGUAGUGACCCUUCUACCAUCAACUAAUGAAAGUCGAGUAUGGGGUAUAGCGUAUGCAAUUGAAAAUCGAGACAUAGAUAAUGUAUGUGCAGGAUUGGACUUACGUGAACAGGCUGGUUAUACUAAAAAGGUUGUCCAAUUUCAUACAAAAACAAAUGAAAAUCAAAUACCAUCUGAAGUCACUGUGUAUAUAGCAGAUGAAAAUAAUGAGUGGUUUGCUGGUGAAGCAUCUAUUCAACAAAUAGCUUCCAGAAUAGCAGUAUGCAGUGGAACUAGUGGAUCAAAUCCAGAAUAUGUACAUAAAUUAGCAGCAGAAAUGAGGCGGAUAGCUCCUGAGGAAGAUGAUAAACAUUUAUUUGAACUUGAAUUGGCUCUGAAAAGCAUUGAAAAUAAAAAGGGAAAACAAAUACUAUAAUCAAAACUAUAAGAAAUUUUUAAUUUUAAUGUUUAUUGUUCUUAUUUUAUGAAAAAAAAAAAAAUUAUAUUUUAUUGUUAUUAAUACUAAA